CCCCAAAUAGCCAUUUGCGUUCACAGCAUGUUAAGUUUUAUAGAUUAAAUGAUGUAAUAACGGAAUUAAUUUUGUAUAUUAGAAUAUUAAUGUGAUAAAUUAUUAGCUUAAAUAUAGAACACAUAAUUAAAUAUAAGUUGUUGUUUAAGCGUUUAUAUAACACUUGUUAACUAAAUCGAAAAUCGAAAGUAGGAAAUAGCACAGGUAAUUACAGAUACCGUUGAAAAAACCACAAAAAGCCACUUGGCAACACGGAAUAAAUCCGUUCUAAGUAUCAAAAUGAGGGUCGAAACUGCAAUUCUGCCAUGUGCGAGUAUGCUUAACUAAAAAGUGCGUUAAAUACUGCAAAAUUACCAAAUAAGCCGUUCAAAAACUACCAUGCAAUAAAUCGGACCAUGACAGACCGGAAUGUAUUUCUAGUUGUCUUCCGCACACCACGUGGUCGGUUGUCUGAAACUCGCGGUUCAUCUGAAGGUCCAGUCAUAACCGAGUUACCAGAUGAUUACGAGGUGGACAACGUUAAAGCUGUUAAAGGCGUAAAUGACUCUUCAAACGAUUCUAAUGAUAACAUUGAUACUUAUACUGACGUCGCAGCUAACGCUCUGGUCAAUGAUGAUAAUGCUUUGAAUACGAAUGCACGUGCAAAACCUGUAGAAAACAAGCAAUCAGGAUGUGCUUAUACUAAUUUGGGGGCUUUCGAAGAAACUGCUGAAAAAACGAACGAUCAAUGUACGCCUAAACAUGAAGAUGGACAUACGCAUUUCACCUUAGGAUUUCAGUUUACAACCAAAGAUUUGCCGUCUAAUCAUCCUUCCAAUUUCAUAAGAAGUAACGACCGAGAUUUCAAACACGUCUUCACUAAUGAACCAACGAAGCACGAUACAAAAGAACUCGAAAUCGAAUCACCCACAGGCCAUGAAAGCGAUUUAAACGACAGCUCUAAACCACGUGUGUCCGCCAACAGGAAUGGUACCCAUCUUUCAACUGUAUCCGCUUAUCAUCCAGACUACACGCAUAAGCCCGAUGCUUCCCAAGAUGUGGCAGAAGCGAAGAAACAGAAUUCAUGGAAUGCUACAUUUAGUGACAACGAUCACAAAAAUCUUUCAGAUCGUUCACAAACGGAGCCUUUUGUCUUUUUUGGUGCAGGUAAACCAGUUACAGCUAAUGACGCCCACCGCAUAGAGGCUGUUACGUCAAAGAACGGGCAUUCCAACCAACGCGAAAAUGACGAACAUAUAGCCAAUUGUCCAAAGUGCUUUAAACAGAAAUACUGUCAACAUAAAGAAAUUAAAGAAAUGCGGUGUUGUCAAGGUUGUUGUAAGUUAAGUAUCCAAUGCACAAGUUGUAAGAAAAAGUUUUCAGAAGAAGAGCUCUUAAUUUUAACAGAGAAGCGUUCUGCAAAACUAAACAAAAAUACAAUCCCAAGGAAAUCCAAACGUUCGUUUGUAGAAUCCAAGGAGGCGCCGAAUAAACCAUCUACAAAAGAGAAAUAUCCUUCCACUAACAGUUUAGACCCGCAGUGUUUGUUCGAUGAUCUGGUUGCGUCUGUCGGCCUGAAUGUGAGGAACGUCAGCGCGGACGGCAACUGCAUGUUCACCGCUGUUGUGGAUCAACUGCGUAUCCAUGGAAACUUCACAUACACGCCCCGUAUGCUACGUGCCGCUGUUGUUGGGUUCUUGCGACAGAAUCCUCAAUUGGACAACGACACACAUCUACAGGAGUUCGUCGAAGAGCCUUGGGAGAAGUACUUGGACAAUAUGAGUCAGGACGGACACUGGGGAGACCACGUCGUAAUACGCGGUCUUGCAAAUCUCUUGAACACCAAAAUACGAAUUUAUCGAGAGUUGUACGACGGUCUCAAUACAACAGAUACUUUACCUGACAACGUGAAAGAACGGAGUUCCAGACUUGAAAAAGAUAUCACAAAACAUGAACCAAUUGAGACAGAUGAGGCUACCAGAGUAAUUAAUCUUGGUCACCUAUUUGAAAUGCACUAUGUAAGCCUUCGACCGCAGACAUGGAAGGAGCAAUUAUUAAAAGUUUUAGAAAACGAAUGCGAGGGGCGUGAUUCGACAUAUCCAGCUGGUAGCGCAAAUGUAUUUGAAGUUCCAACUGUACACAUGUCUUUCGCCUUAAAAUAUUUUGCACGGCAGAAGUUGACUUUACCGUCAUUGGAUAUGUCUACAUUGCGCAUAGAGGGACAGAUGCACGAUUGCAAUGUGGUUCAUAAUGAGCACCAUGAUGUUCUUUAUGAGUAUACAUCCGUAACACAAAGAUUAUCCGACAUGUACAAUAGCGUGGCGUUAUUAAGUCCAAAUGACACAUUCGUAAUAAGUAAGUCUGCGCCCAUCCCAACUGAGUAUAGAUACUACUUACAGCCUGUAAUAAAUACAAACACCACGGUUUUGCUACAACCAACCGAACCCACAGUUUGGAAAAGAUGCCUCAAUGAUGAGAAUUUUCUACGAAUAAUGUUCCCGUCUAGAACUCCCGAUGAUCGACUACUGACCUGCAUGGCAUUCUUUUGCGAAAUGCCAGAACACAUGUCAUCUCAGUGGAUGACACGAAAAAGGCCACACAGUUGGCAGAAGUGUCAUAUGGCUCAGCCGAUCCGACAGCAAACUUAGAUGCAAAGGAAGCGAUCGUGUGGGACAUGGAGUUCCUAAUGCAGGACGUUAAUGAUGUCAUAAAAGAGCAACACACGAGGCCAGUGAAUGAUCUACAUAUGCCUGUUCUACAAAAGAUUAUCAAUCUGAUGACUCUGAGGAAACGCUCAGGGUCGGGUCAAACGAGACAAAAUCGAAGAGAGAAUGCGGCAGCGUUGUUGAAAAAUUUCAUAAGCAUUAUGAGUUCCAUGAGUCAGGGAGGCACUGAAUUGCCCAUGUAUUCCGAAUAAAAAGGGUUGCUGUCAACAUUGUACUUGCAACUUCAGUAAAAGAUUUCAUCGGAGUUUUCUUGCCCGAAAGGCGAAAGCUCUGAGAUUGCUUAACCAAGCAAUCUGAAAGUUUGUCCUAAAUGUUUGCUGUUUAUAACGAACUUAUAAAUAUUGAUACGUUUUCAUAACAGUUUAAGGAAAAUGUAUUUCCAUGUGAUAUACAUGCUCGUAUGCAAAUCGUUAUGGAAUAUUAUCAACAUGUGUUGCAUAAAUUGUAAAAUUAGUCUCGAUGAUUAUGGUUUAAGACACAUACUGAUAAACAUUAAGCAUAUAAUAUAUGUCGAUACUUAUUUAUUGCAGUCAUCCAAUGAGCGGUUAAAAUAAGUUAUGUCUUAAUUAAUCCAGUUGUUUGUUGGUCAUAUGUACAUCAUAAAUGCAUCCAGUUUUGUAUCGCACAUUUAAAUAUACCGAUAUGAAUAAUGAAGCAGUUGAUUUUCUAUUUUGUCUAUCGCAUUCCAAUCAAUCCUCGUGUUUUUAUCGAUAUCUUUAAUGCGAUUAUUUUACAAACAACUUUGGAAAUUGUUUAAUUUUGUUUUUAAAUGUUCUUUAGACUCAUUUAGUCUGAUUGAAACUCUAUUUUUCAACCUGCUCCUGUUGAAAAUCAACAUUACAGCUGCAGUUCAAUAAAAUGUUUUAACGCUUUAGAUUAUAACUUAACAAUUUAAAAUACAAAAAGCGAAUUCACAAUUUUUGACAUACAAUAUUUUCUUAAUUAAGAUCGCUUAUUUUGUAUAUGAAAAUGUGCGAAGCGUCAAUAGUAAAUCUGCAUUUUCAUACGUGUAUAUUCCGGUUAUACGUUAUAAAAGUUAUGUACGGUUGUUUUAAAACACAAUCUUGCUGUUAGAGUUUCAUUUAUGAACUGUUCGACGCCUUAUUCUUUGCAAUCAAUGGUUGCGUUUAUCUAUUGCUUCAGUUAAAACACAGCGUUCCCUUUAAAGUUUCAAUGAUGUUAUAUCAUAAAUCAAUUAUUUUAGUUGCCUAAAUAAAGUCUGUAUGAUACCAA